AUAAAUUCCUGCCAGUCUAAAAUCAGGACAAACUACCGGUAUACCUGUCGCUUCAUGCACGGGGGGGGGGGCAGGUUAAUGAUUAAACUUUCUACACUUCAGACCGAAAGCAACUUCACAACCAGUCCUCUGACGCCACUUGAAGAUAACAAUGUCGUUUUUCCCGAAGACACGAUUUGUGUUUCUCUACUGACAGCUAGAAGCGUGAAUGCUAAGCUAAGUUUUUGCUUGGGUCAGCCUUGGCGUCCGUCCUUAGCUCGACCAUCGAGCAGGUUGACGUCUGGAGAUGGACCGCUUCAGGUACUUCAUUUUUAACCAAAAGCGCGUACUCGUCCUCGGUGUCCUCCAAGUGGCGUGUGCGGCUAUCUGCGUGAUCUGCGGCUUCAUGGAUGCUUUUUUCCGCAAGGAUACCCCGCUGAGCACAACCAGGACCCCAGUAUGGGGAGGAAUGAUCAUGGCUUGUCCUGGUGUUUUGGCUCUGUUUGCAUCUCAAAGGAAAAACCCAAUACUGGUGAGUGUGAUGGUGGCAGUGGGAUGCCUCUCUUGUGUGGCUUCUUUCUUUGUAUUGGGCUAUUCUUGUCUAACGCUCACUUAUGGAGAGGAAGAUAAGGAGGUCUUCCACCAUCAUGACAGUCCCAAAGUGACUUUCGUGCUCCAUCGAAUGGUGAAGGGCGCCAACGCCACCAUACUGCUGUGCUGCAUCCUCAAUGUGCUCCUAUCGUCUCUCAUUGCCUACGUGGGUUGCUCUAGUCUACCCCGGUGUGGCUGCUACGACGCACAUACCGGACUGGCAACAUUGGUUCCACAGUGUGACCCUGGGGAUACUGAGUUAGUGUGUACCUGGCAAGCUGGAGGGGACGACAGGCUCUUCAACUCUCCAGCUCAAACUACAGACUCUGGCACCACAGAAGAGGAAGUUUCCUCCAAGUUGCCUCCAUACAGCAGACUAACCUAAGACAAAUCUCUGUCAUACAAUCAUACUCGACUUAAAGAUGUGACACUAUUUUAAAAGAUUGUGCCAAUUCAUUUCAUUAGUUUUCUUGAGAGAGCAGAUAGCAAGCACUAGGCACUCCAGUAGCAUCCUUCUUUUGAAAAUUACUGUACAUAAGUUGCUUACAUAAUAUAUAUGAACUGAUAUCUGAAUGUAAGUGAAUGAGAGUACUGUAUUUUACUUCCUCUAUGUUGUCACAAUGUGAGUUGUUUUUAAUUUCUAAACCAUUUAAUUAAUAAAUUCUGCUAUAAAGGU